AUGAUCAUCCAGUCAUCUAUGCAGACACACAUGUCAGUCAAUUCAUCCUCCACCUCCUCGCUCAAUGAUCCUCAAUAUCAUAAAGUGUGUCAGUCAAUCUUUACGGCCCUCUUCAUCGCCUUCCUCCUCAUCCUCCUCCCUCUUUUCAUCCAUGUCCUGUAUGUGGGCUACAGACGAUGGAAGAGACAGCGCUGUAACGCCGGGGCAGAAAUGACGUGCCAUUCUGACGUCUUCACCUACAACAUGGUGGUUCUGGAGCUCAUCGCUUUGACUGGGUUUUUUUUCUACUGUUAUGGCUUCUUCACUCAACAGUGGACUUUACUGAGGGUGGGGGUUUACAUCUUCUCCAUCGUCGCACCUGGACAGAGUCUGUUCCACGUCCUCACCUGUGUGGAGCGAUACGUGGCGGUGGCUCACCCAGUCACCUACAUGGGGCUGAAACAGUCAGCUGGGGUCAGGAUCAGGAACAUCACUAUUGGGGGUGUUUGGAUGAUUUGCUUUGCAGAAUUAAUUGUGACACACAAACUCUGGUUGUUUCUUGUCUUGAAUCUUUCUCUUCUGCUGGCCUCCUCCAUUGUUGUCCUUUUCUGCAGUCUAUCUGUCCUUCACAUCUUGAUUCACCCAGGGCCAAGGGAAGUGGGACAGACCAGGGAGCGGGUCGACCAAACUAG